AUGAACAACACGCAGCAGCAUGGGGCGGACCCAAAUGGGCAGUUUGCUCAAACGGGGGCUGAGGAGGGUAUUAUUGCUCGUCCGUUCACACUACAAGAGGCGCUCCCUUAUUCACCACAGACUUCAACCAUUCCUCUCAUUUCUGACAUCAUCCCCGACCCCGUUCUAGGCUCAGGCUCCCCUGCGCUCCCUCUGACCGACCUAUUUCAAACACACGAUUUCAACAACCUAAAUAAGGAAGCAGCGGGCCAUAAUCAGAUGCCGCGCAACGUAAAGCAAGCGGUUGACCAUGUCCUCCAAGAAAUCAAACCAAGUCAACGAACGCAUUACAAGUUUACCGCAAUUUCAGGAAUGAAAUCGACCCCCCAUACCGGCAAGAGCCUCAUUGAUGGGCUGUCGCCGCUCACGAGAAAUGUCUUCGAUAAAGUGGGAGGCUAUUUCAAGACGACAAAACCCUUGGCUUCUGAGGCCAAGCAGGUCAACGGCCAAGCAGCAGCCCACCCGACCCCCAAACAACGGCCAUCUUCCAUAAACUCCCCGAAUCCGCCACAACCGUCCAAUUUGCCGGCGCAUAACUCUCAAGCACACAAGUCAAGCUCCGUUAGGAUCGAAGUCGCGAUACCGUCUAAGAGACAAUUUGAUCAUUCAACCUACGUCGACGUGAGCGAUGCGCCUCAGCGUGACAUUCCAGUUGUUCCAGUCCAACAUGAGCAACAGCGAAUACAGCCGAUGGUGCAGCCUCCGGCCCCGAUAGCCCAGCUCCCUAUGCAAGCUACCACUGAAGCUAACCAGAAUGGGGCGUUUCGAAUCGAGCUACCAGCUGCGUAUAUCAAUCGAGAAGAGUACAUCGAGGUCGAAGCUCGCCCGGAGGACCCCCAUCACCUAUCAGUUCGAAAAGAGAGCCAGCAAGCCUAUUCUCAUAGUCCAGAUCUGAUUGGAGAAAGCCUCGAUCAACGUCAACGUAGCGAGGCAGCUCUGCAUGCACUCGAUAAACUUGUACGCGUUGUUUUCAACUCGGUAGGGCGAAUGCUCGGAGAAGGACCCGGACAAGACGAAAUCGUUUCUAUGACACCAGAUCAAGAGGUUGCUAUGACCGCCUCUUCGCAGCAGAAGAUGCAUGGUGCGAUUCAGAAGACGAUUGCUCUAAGGUGUUUCGACCGUGUCCCAGUAGAGCAUCUGAUUCAGAUAAUCAGACUGAGUGAUGCCAGCUUGAAGCAAGUUGAGAACCUGGAGAUCCGAGUCGAUGAGACUUGGGGCGAAGAUGCCAUUGACAUAUGGAUACAACAGCUUUCAGAUGUGGAGACAAUGCUGAAGUCAGCUCGUACAUGCCUGCGCAUUCUCUCGGGCGGACGAGAAGACAAGCAGUUAUAUUCAGAAUCUGUUAUCCAGAGGUGCGCUGAUAUCUUCAGGAAGGUCACUGAGGACAUUGUCAUGCCUCUUGUAGAACUUCGGCCAUCUGGACCUGCAUCGGUUGUUUUCAAGCUGCUAUCGAAGAACAAGAAAAUUAUCACAGCUGUCUUCCUCUCUUGCCAGAAGUUAUUCGCCUUGUUAGCGGAGCUUGUUACUAAGAUCGAGCUCUCCGAGUCAGUGAUCAACUCACUAGAAUAUACCGCGUCCCGACUCAUUUUCAUGGAGAAUGCAUACUUUGAGAAGGACUCUGUCGUGGGAGUUCAAAAGUUUGACGGGCUUCGGUCCGUGGCAAUGGACAUGCUUUCGCAGAUUUUCUUGAUCAAACCUGAGCAACGCCAAGGCAUCAUUGACGAAAUUCUCACAUCCCUGGAAAAGCUCCCUGUUGGUAAGCAAAGUGCUCGACAGUUCAAGCUAUCUGAUGGGAAAAAUAUCCAGCCUGUGUCAGCUUUGAUCAUGAGGCUGGUGCAAGCUAGUUCCGGGCGAGUGGAUAACAACAAAAAUCGAUCACGCAGUAAAUUGAUGCGUAACCUCGAUAAAAAUCCCAAUAACGAGCAAGAAGAAAGCUCUGAUGAAGAUGAUCGCGCACCACUCGCAGGGCAAUUUGUUUCCUCGAUAAAGAGCGAGGUACAGGGCGCGAAGCAACACGCUGUUGCUAUCAAAGACCUCGAGAUCUCUGUUGCUCCGUUGUCCGAUGCGGCGCAGCGCAAUGCGUCCUAUGUGAUAAGCUUCAUCGUCAAACGUGCCAUCGGCUCAACCAAAUCUGGAGAUACCCCUUACCGAAAUCUUCUUGAUCUUUUCGUGGAAGAUUUUACUACUUGUCUUGAUUCGCCGGACUGGCCAUCAGCUGAACUGUUGCUUCGCCUUCUGAUGAUCAUGAUGGUCCAGCUUUUCGAAGCACCCAAGACUGCUGCCCCGGCGAAGAACAUGGCACUGGAGUUAUUGGGCGGACUGAGUGCUGCCAUUUCUCGCCUCCGUUCUCGUGUUCAAAGCCUUACGAGUUCCUCUGAUGGGACUGACAGUGACGAAUUGUCAGAAUAUCUUGCCGAUGUCGCUAAUCAAGCUCUGGAACACAAAACUCGCUUGGACCAGCUGGUAACUUGGACUGGGCCCUAUCGGAUCGUUCUAGAGCAUGUCCAGAACAGGAGCGACGAAGAUCCGCACCUGUCAAGUGCCAUCUCGUUUCUCAUUACGGGCUGGGCGUCCCAGGUACAUGUUGGCUACGACUCUUACACAGAUGAAGAUGACGAACGAGAUGAGGAACUCGGACGUCUGGCUUAUCGAUUGAGGAUGAUGGUUGAGGAUCGGCGAUGGCUCGUCAACGAAUACACGUUCAAGACUGUCUCGACAAAUCAAGCCAAACUUUCUUACUCGAUCAUCUUGCUACGUUCACCACUAUGUGAAGCUUUCAGCAAGAUUCUGAACAUUCUUCUUGGCUCUAUGGCUAGUGACCAAGCUACAGUCCGAAGUCGAAGUCUCAAGAGCGUCAAUCAAGUCCUCGAGACCGAUCCCUCAAUCUUGGAUGCCGACAAUACCGUGAUUGACUUGAUUCUGGAAUGCGCUGGCGAUUCAUCAAUUCAAGUGCGAGACUCUGCUCUCGGACUGCUCGGUAACUGCAUGACAAUGCGACCACGUCUUGAGACCUUAUUGACUCCCAUGAUUGUCAAUCGAUUCCAUGAUAAUGGCCUUGGUGUACGAAAACGUGCAAUGAAACUUACUCGCGAUAUCUAUCUUCGCAAUCCAAGCAAGACACUCCGCAGCAUGAUAGCGAGCGGGUUGUUGCGUCGAGUACAGGAUCCCGAUGAAGGUGUCCGCGACCUAGCCCGCCAGAUGAUAGAGGAGGUUUGGUUUGCGCCCUUUUAUCAAGACGACGGAACCGCGGUUUACCAAACUUCACUCAAUGAGCAUGUAUCGCUCGUUAUCCAGACUGUCAAGUCUGGUACGGUCACUGAAAUGCUCGACAAGGUGUUCCGAACCAUCUUGAAACCAAAGGAUAAGUCUCUGGGUGGACCUUUCACAGUCUGCACCAAGCUCGUUGCCAACAUGUUUGGAUUAAUCGACAACCUUGACCCGGAUGAUCCGUCAAUCCCGUCUGGGCGCGAUGCGCUGCAGGUGCUUACGAUAUUUGCCAAUGCCGAGCCCAAGCUGUUCAACUUCGAACAGAUACGCCUUCUGAAACCACAUCUUGCGAACUUCUCCACGCCAGAGGAGUUAGCUGCUUUCAGGCAUGUGACAAUCAUUUAUCGCCGAGUGCUACCCACUCUUUCCAGUGUUCAUGCCGAGUUUCUGUCUGAAGUACGCAGCUUCCUGCUCAAAGCUAUCUCAAAGGUCAACCAACGAAACCCUCUCGACGAUCUGGUUGCCUGUACUCAGGUUGUUUGUGGGUUACUCAAUAAUUACACGCCUCUGGUUUUUGCUCUACAUUCCAGCAUUCAGAAACUCGACCAAAUCCAGGCGAGGCCUAUCGACCAGACGGCAACCACCCUUACCUAUGGAUAUAGUUUACUAAUUGGCAUGAUCGCAAAACAUUGCAAGCUCGACGAAUGGACUACUUGGUUCAAGUCGAAGUUGCCUACCUGGAAAGGAGAAUCCGUUCCUAUGCUCGCCAUCGAGAAGCUGAUACCUCUUGCUGCACCUUCUAAACCACUCGAGAUCCGCAAGUCAGCGCUCGACGCCCUUGGAUUGAUUUGCCAAGCAUGGCCUCGCAACUAUGUUGUUCCUAAAUUGUAUACCUUGUUUGAUCAGGUUUUCAAAGAGAAGAUACCCGGUCUCGAGGUGCUCAUUUUGAGAUCAAUCAGAGAGUUUCUUCUUAUGGAAGAAAAGCGAUCUGAAACAGCAGCGGAAGCGCCAGCUACAGGCAAGAAGAGGGAGCUGACAGUUAUGGGAGGGACAAAUUUUGACGAUGUCGCUAGCGCCACCUCACAGAGAUUCUUGAAGCACGUUUCCCGAAUCGCAGUUUCAAGCCAGGGUGACCAUGCUUUUCUCGCCACGGAGGUUCUCGGUAGCAUUAACCGACAAGGCCUGACGCAUCCCAAGGAAACUUGCGUCACCUUGAUGACUCUCGAAACAUCGACAAACCGCAGGAUUGCAGAGCUGGCCUUCUCUGAGCAUCGAUAUUCGCAUGAAAAGCACGAAACUGUUCUGGAACGAGAAUACGCCAAAGCAGUACAAUCGGCCUUUGCCUAUCAACGCGAUGUAGUGGAAGACACUCGCGGCGCCACAACCAACCCCUUUCAGUCCAAGUUACACUUCUUGAUGGAGGUGCUCAAGAUUAGCAAAAUGAAGAAUCGUCAGCGCUUUUUAGAUAAACUCUGUGGCCAGCUGGACUUUGAUCUAGUCAAACUCGAUACAAGCGAGGAAGUCCCAUCCCACAUGACCUUUGCACGAUUCAUCACCGAGAAUCUGGCCUUCUUCGAAUAUCAGACGGUUGGAGAGUUGCAGACCACAGUCAAUGCGAUCGAAAAAAUCGUGACGAGCACAGGCGCUCCAGUCGCCCAGGCCAUCGAGUCGGAAGUUUUCAAUGUUCGCGUGGAUGCCCUGCAAUCAUCGGCGUCUGAAGCCCCAGCGACCAUCCCCGGAACUCAGAACGAGUCAAUGGGUCUAGCGGCACCUGUGGGUGAACAGGCCACGGCAGCUCUCGCGAUCACAGCCAACGUUGAACCCAGCCGUCUUCGUCAGCUCACAACGGCGUCCAUCAUUCUACUAGCAAUGUGGGAGACGCGAACGUAUCUGCGCCGACUUUACGGUAUGGGGACUAGCCGACACGACAGCAAGGCCAAAGCACUGGCCAAAGAUCUCAACAAGACACCAGUCAAGGUCCCAGGAGUUCACGGAGAUAAGGUCUGGGAUGAGAUCGAGUCUCAUAUGGCUGGACUUGAGGAUCAAGAGCGAAUGGUUAGGAAGUGUACUGACCUUGUGGAACUCCUCAACGUUGACAAGGAGUUCAAGGUCGCCGAUGACGGCGAACAGAUGGACCUGGGGCCAUCGACUCCAAGCGCAGACGAGGAUGAAGAAGGCGACGCUGUUGCGGAUAGGGGACGCAAGCGAAAGGGAGGACACACGCCCGGUGGGCGUAAGAAACGGGCGCGUUCUGACUCCCAGCCACGAAAAAGGGGACGACCUCGAAAAAACCCAUUGCCUGAGCCGGAGAUGGAUGCGGAUCUUGGAGGCGGAGACUGGAUUUAA